CACCCACCCCAGCGAGUGAUCACCUGAGGUCUGACCCUUUGCUCUCUUGGCCGUAUUGGCGAACAGUAUGUCAUAUGAUAGAUACUGUUAAGAACCAAUCAGAAGCCUACAACAAUGACAGUUGAACCAGUGAGCGGGCUGGGAGCGUGUGAGGAAUGAAGAGAAACAAUUGGAGAAGUAAAGAAAAGGAGGGGUGGAGCAAUCGCAGACAAACCCACCAUCCCAACCACUACAGAAGACCCAACCAUUGUAGCUUUACUGAAAGGUGUGAACAAGAGGAACCAUGGAACUCACUGAAUGCAGACACCAGCAACAGCGGAUCCUCUUCUGAAGUAUGUCCUAGCUCUCCAGUGCCUGAACUACCAGGAUUUUACUAUGACCCUGAAAAGAACCGCUAUUUCCGCCUGCUCCCUGGACAUAAUAACUACAACCCUCUCACCAAAGAGAGUCUCCAGUACAAAGAGAUGGAGUACAAGAGACUGAAGCUCUUAGAAGAGGAGGAAAUGCAAAAGAAGAAAACAUCCAGAGCUGGAUUGAACUCAUCACUUGUCUUACGCAAGAGGCAGUUAGGGUUACUCAGCUCCACCAAUUAUUGCAGAUUGGUCCACGAAUUAAAGGUGAACUGCAUGCAGAGGAGGAAGGUAGAGAUUCGGAGCCCAGAUUCCUCAGUUACUGGAACCAACAAUUUUAAACUAAUAGUGGCAGACACAGCUUGUGAGCGGAUAUUCACUGUGAAUGAUGUAGAACAUGGAGGGUGUAAAUAUGGUAUCAUCAACCUCAGUGGCUUAGGGAAGGACUCUCUCACGGUGGAGAUGUAUGACAACCUGUACUUCACAAACCGCAAGGUGAAUUCUGUGUGCUGGGCAUCGCUGACUCAUCAAGAUUCCCAUGUUUUGUUGUGCCUCAUGGGGAUUGCAGAAACUCCAGGCUGUGCCAGUCUGCUUCCAGCAUCCUUAUUCAGCAACUCUAACCCAGGAGAUCAGCCUGGAAUGCUGUGCAGCUUCAAGAUUUCUACUGCCUGGUCCUGUGCUUGGUGCCUGAACCCCCAGGCUGAUAACUGCUUCAGCACAGGGCUGAUGCGACGAGUCCUUGUGACCAAUGCAAUGACUGGUCAUCGGCAGACAUUUGGAACAAGCAGUGAUGUACUGGCACAACAGUUUGCUACCCAGACUCCAGUGCUGUACAAUGGCUGCCGUUCAGGGGAGGUUUUCAGCAUUGACAUUCGUCAGCGCAGCCGGAGGGGCCACAGCUGGAAAGCUGUCCGUCUCUUCCAUGACUCAGCAGUCACAUCUGUGCGCCUUCUCCAAGCUGAGUACUAUCUUAUGGCAGCAGACAUGGCUGGAAAGAUAAAGCUAUGGGACCUGAGAGCAGUGAAGUGUGUGAAACAGUAUGAUGGCCAUCAUAACGAAUAUGCUACUCUCCCUCUGCAAAUAAAUGAGGAGGAAGGGCUUGUUACAGCAGUUGGUCAGGAUUGUUACACAAGAAUUUGGAGUCUCCAAGAUGCCCAUCUGCUCAGAAUGAUUCCCUCUCCACACCCAUCCUCCAGGGACUCCAUCCCCAGUGUGGUGUUCUCUUCGAGACUCGGAGGCAGACGAGGAGUUCCUGGCCUCCUCAUGGCAGUCAAGCAGGAUCUCUACCACUUCUCUUACAACUCAGAUAAUCCAUGUCCCUAGACCGGGUAUACGGAUCUUCCAGCCCCCCUGCGUGACUCAAGAGACAACUGUUAGGUGUGGCCUCUUAUUGUCACCAUUGCAUUGACUCAAGCUGUGGUGCUGCCCUGCCUGCUCUGUCUGUGGAGUUUUGAACUUCGCCCAGCAGGCUCAGCAACUUUCUACUGUAUCUGCUCUAAAACUACCAGGCAGUUGUAAAUAAAAGUAACGAACUGUUCCUACAGAGUACAUGUUUUUUUAAUUCAGCUGAGAGUUUGGAAAGAAGGAUCAUUUGUGGGAUCUGACUUUCAGCCAGUAGCUGAAACUCAUUGGCAAAAGUUGAAUAGGAAAAGCUAACUGUUCCACUGACUCUCCAAUAAGGGGGAGACAUGAAAAGGAAAUGAGAGGAGAGCACCCCAGACAGCCCAAUAAGUAAGGCUGCUCUAUAAUACCAGACAGAGACUGGUUAAAACUGGAACAGUCAGGCUUCCAGGAACACAAGCAACCUCAGAGAUUACAGUGAACGUAUUUAAUAUAAGGAGUUCUUUUCAUCUCACAGGGCUCCAUACUCACUGACAUUGUGUAGCGUCUUUCUAGGCCUAGUCACUUUGCCUCUGAGCCCCCCCUCUUUCUACUCCCCAUCCCCUUUGAUGCUCUCUGCAUUCUCCCAACACAGCAUGCUGUCCCCCCUUUUCUAUGCCAUUGUAUCUUUGUCUUCAAACGUCUUAUUCAUACCACCACUUAUUGCUGAAAUACAAAACUCUGUCCCUGCUAGAACAGUGAAACAUUAAGGAGAGUGCUUCCUUUACUGGAAAAAAGUCACUCAGCGGGAAAGUUGUGUCUGGACAAAUGCCAGUGAAUAAUAUAUGUACAGUUUUUUAUGCUAAAACGGACUCAAAUUAACUUUACAGAACAAAUAAGUAGGCUAAUUCCUUCAGUUACUAAUUCUUGGUCUGUUUGUGGCUGUUCGUUGAGAAUAUUUGCAGUUUGCAAUUCAUGUUUUGUUUGGUUAUAUACUUAAAUCAUUGAGAUUUUUUUUUGUUUUUCAGUUGGAUUGAGUAAAUGAUUUCCAUAUCCAGUACAACUUGGUACGAAUAGUGACUGUUACCAUGUACUGUUCAAUUGAGAAUUGGUUUUUGGAGUAUUUGAAGUUUAAAAUGUCUUUUGUAGAGGCAUUUCUGCUAGUAGCCCCUGAGCUGCUUGAACGUUUGUCGAAAGCAAAAUAAACAGGGGGUUAGGAACUCCAUUGAAUCAAAAUUCAUUCUUGAAUUUAAAGCAGUACAUUUAGAACCCCCUCCCCCACUGUUCUCCCAGCUGUAGUCAAGACCCUCACCCUAGAUAGGAUAAUGAUCCUGGAUUAUUUGUGUACCAUUGAUGUGGGAACACCAGCUAAAACAAGUGUGGCAGGAAGGCAUCUUGUUUUUUUUCUAGUGCUUUCUUCACUCCCCUUCAGCAAAGCCCAUUAAAUGCAAGAAGCUCAGCUGCUGUGCCUGCUGUUUCCAUGAGCUAAGCAUUCAUAAUGAGCCCCCGCACACACAUUCAUCCCCACCCCCGCCAAAGUCCCUCCAGCUAAGGCUUCUAAUUAAGCUUGUGAUGGGGGUACAAAAGAAGAGCUGGGAGUGCAGGCCGUGGCCAAGGGCACUGGAAUAACCUCUUUUGAGCAGCCAGUAGGUAAGGCAGCUAGAAAAAAAAAGGUCCUAAUGUCCUCCUCCUGCAUUCUCAAAAUAACCUACUUUCUCUACCCUGAUGUCCCAGCAGAAGGACUGUGGUCUAGCAGGAAAUGCCAGACUGGACCUGGUUCAGUCUCCGUCGGUCAGUAAGGCAUGCUUGUUUACUCGCUCCUAUGUAAAGCCCUGCAAAUCCGCAGAUAAUCCGCAGACCAUUUUUGUGGAUCGCAGAUGGAUGCAGAUUCAAAUUUUGUAUCUGCGCAGGGCUCUACUCAUACGGAGGAAGAUGGGGAAAUUUUUAAGCUCUGCUUCUCAAACACCUGUUUGCCCAAGGACUAAGCCUAUUAGCCCUCAUGAAAAAUACUUGCACUGCCAGGCUUUCAAAACCACACACAUUUAACUUCAAGUGGCUCUCUUCAUUUGCCUAAUGGAAGUCUAGUGAUCAGCUCAAGCUCAACAUGGCUAAAACGGAGCUCUAAAUCUUCCCUUCCCACUAUUCCCUUUCUCAAUUCCUGUGGAUAUCACUGUCACCCUGCCUGUCAUUCUGGCCUGUAGGUAGCCUCUCUCUAGGUUCUCAUAUCCAGCCUACAUCUAAAUUCUGCAGAUUCCUUCCACACAUCUCCUCUCAAGUACAGCCUUUUCUAUCCAUCCACAGAGCUAAAACUCUUGUCCAGGCUUUCAUAUUGCAUCUUUAUUACUGAAACAUUCUUCUCCCUGGCUUGACCAAUGCAGUCUUGCCCCUCUCAUUACCAUUCAAUAUGCUGCUGCAAAGAUACUUUUCCUAGCCUGUCGCUUUGACCUUGUUACCCCUCUCUUUGCAUCCCUACACUUGCUCCCCCUUCCCUAUUGCAUUCUAUUUUAUAUAGGUUCUGAGACUGCAUCAAACACAAGCUGCUUGUCUUCACUUUAAAAGCCCUUCAUUUUCUAUGCCCGCCCCUACCAAUCAUCUCUCAUUGCUAUUGAGCUGUUAGUGCUCACCUCUGAUUGGCCCAUCAUCAUGCCACUCUCCAUUGCCCACUCAACUUUUCAAACAAGCACUUUUAUGCUUUCUCCCAUGCUGCCUCUCACGCUCUGGAGGGGCUUCCUGUAAACAGCCUCAAAGCUACUUCAUGAUGGUCUUACAAACCCUCCUUUGCCAGGAUGCCUGCAAAAAACUUGACAGUAGUUAGGCUGCUGAUGUGCUGAGAGACCACAGCCUAUGGUGCUGGCCGUCGUCCCAGUGUUUCCUUGUGCUCCCUUGUCUGGCUGUAUAUGUGCAUUAUCUUUUGUCUUGUAUUGUACUUAGAUUGUAAGCUCUUUGGGGCAGCAGCUGUCUUUGUGUUGUGUGUUUGUACAGCACCUAGCCCAACGUGCAAGACUGGGGCUCCUAGGUGCUAUGGUAAUAUUAAUAAAUCAAGGCUUUCUCCAGCCACAAUUAAA